UGACGACAACGUUUCCUCUCCUUUGCGAUCCUCUCCUCACGAUCCUCCAAACUAGACUCCUAGAAAAGCAGAGAGACAAAUACCAACUUUCUUUCGCUCCCUCGAUAUACCUUUCUUAUUGCUUUUCCCUUAUCUCAUACGUUGUUGCAUUGAGCGCGCAUUAUUCUAGUUGACUGAUUACCUCGGACCCUGCAUAUCGCGAACGUAAUACGAAACCUGAACCACACGAUCCGGCUUACCCCAAUGCGCCCUUCCACGUUUGCCUAAACUACGAGAAAGAUUCUGAGAGAAAGCGCACGCGACUGCAUCCGCAUUGCCGUCAAGGUGUUAGGGAAAGAUGCCGUCUGUUGCGCAAUGGCAGGGGACGCCUUCAGUCAAGGGCUCAACUGAGAGCAUACGCAUGGCGUUGCUCACAGCGUCGCUCAUAGGCUUGCAGUUCACGUGGAAUGUCGAAAUGACAUAUUGCACACCCUACCUCCUCGAACUCGGUCUUACGAAAUCGAAAAUCUCCCUUGUUUGGGUCGCCGGUCCACUGUCAGGCCUCAUUAUGCAGCCCAUUGUCGGCGUCGUCGCAGAUCGUUCUACCUCGCGAUGGGGCCGUCGAAGACCCUUUAUGUUCUUUGGGACGAUACUGGUGGCCAUGUUCUUACUGCUGCUAGGCUGGACAAAAGAGGUGGUUCGGUAUUUUAUAAAGGACGAGGUUGCGGCUAAGAGCGCGACGAUAUACGUUGCUGUGUUUAGUAUCUAUGGAAUUGAUUUCGCCAUAAAUGCUGUGCAGGGAAGUUGCAGAGGCUUGGUAGUCGAUACUUUGCCUAUUUCGAAACAACAGAUGGGCAGUAGUUGGGCGAGCAGGAUGGUUGCGGUUGGGAGUUUGAUAGGGUAUGGCGCAGGAGCAAUUGAUCUGAGGAGUGUGUUUGGGCCCAUGUUGGGAGACACGCAGUUCAAGCAGUUGACGGGCGUUGCAGCUUUGACGCUGUGCUUGGCCAUUGGGACGACAAGCUGGGCGGUUACUGAAAGAGUGCUUAUUAAUGACGGAGCUGAAGAGGGCAAGGAGCUGGAUCUCAAGCAAGUUCUCGGUACCAUCGCGCAUACUGCUUUGAACCUGCCCCGAAGUAUCCAAGCCAUCUGCACAGUUCAAUUCUGGGCUUGGAUUGGCUGGUUUCCUUUCCUCUUCUACAGCACGACUUGGGUUGGCGAGGUAUACCUACGGUAUGACGCGCCAGCUGAGGUCAAGGCAGCAGGUGAUCUUACGGGCAAGGUUGGUCGCAUUGGCUCCAUGGCCCUCAUCGCCUUUUCCAUUAUCACAUUCGUAAUGUCUGUUCUCCUGCCUUUCUUUGUACAAAGUCCUGAAGACGAUGAAAAGGGCCCUGGCUUCUCCCAUCCGCCUAAGCGGUUGACUGGGCUGGCCAAAUAUAAGCCAAGCCUACUCACAGCAUGGACAACUGCGCAUUGUAUUUUCGCAGGAAGCAUGGUCAUGGCGCCUUUCGUGAGAAGUCUGAGACAUGCGACUAUCAUCAUCGCUUGCUGUGGCGUAUCAUGGUCCAUAGCCUGCUGGGCUCCCUUUGCGUUUCUCGGCGUAGAGAUCAACCGCCUCAACACAUCGUCGUCGCACUCGACACACCCAAAGCGCUCCUCCAUCGACCUUCCUGAAGCGCAAUCCAACCUCGAAAAGGGUGCUGCAUCUUCCUCUAGCGGCGGAGCAAGCUCAGGCCAAUACCUCGGCAUUAUGAACCUAUAUACGACGCUACCACAAUUCAUGGGCACAGGGAUAUCGUGGGUAGUAUUUUCCAUCUUGGAGCCCGGAAAGAGUCCCGAGUUGAGUGAGGCGCCGCCCGAAGAACAUCAUAGCACGGAUGGGCCGAAUGCAAUUGCAGUUUGCUUGUUCAUUGGGGCCUGUUCGGCGUGUAUGGCGGUUGUUGCUACGAGGAGGUUGGGAAGAAUACAGGGAAGGCUGUAGAUGGGAAGACGUGGAUGCCUGAAUAGCCUAAGAAAAAAAGUCCAAACCACCAUCGUCAUGUCCAUGUCAAGACUUUUUCAAGUUCUCUCAUCAGUUGGUGGUGUCCCGCUCCUGCCGGUCGGCAAUUGUGAGUUGUGGGUAUUGUUUGGAAGAAUUGAAGUUCUCUCGUCACGACGCUUGUCACUGGGAAUAGGGUUCUUGCACAUGCCGCUAACGGGCAGUAGAGAACAUGACUCUUGGUGACACCCACCCCCAACAUGCUCACAUCCGUGGUUGCCAUUGGCGCCUUGCGGGUUCGGGUUUAGGGUGGUGCCAUGGGCCAGAGAGAUUUUGCUAAGGGUUUGCUAAGGAUUUUGCAGAGACCCGCUUUGUUCUAGAAGGCAGGUGUGGCUACUGAUCGAAGCUGACGCUGAUCGGGUGUGU